GCGAUCUUUUGAGCGGUUUUACGGAUAUCGGUACGAUAAACACAGUAUUUGUUUGGCAGGAAGAGAAAUCGUCUCAUCUGGAAUCGAUGCAGAGAACAUGACUGACAAAGAUCUAUUUGACAGUGAUUAUGAUGGAAGUUCACAAAUACAUGAGCACAGUUACAUUGUGAUAUCGGACUCUGAGGAGACACAACCACCUUCACCUUUUGGUUUACAGGAAUAUUCCAGUGAAAGACCAGUUGUUCAACAGCCUUUUUUUACAAACAAAUUCCUGGUGCUGCCAUUCCUAAUCAACCGACAUAUCAUAAUUCUGGAUAAGAAUUCAGAUUACUGGCUGCAUAUUCAACCGAAUUUUUGGGUCCUGCGUUGGUGGGGGGUAACGUGUUUCAGACCAGAAUCCUGCCGGACCAUCCAAUUGCAAGGACAUCUAACAUAGCUGAAAUGUAUCUGUAAUGAAUUAUUAAAAGUUUGGAUAAAAAAUGUGUUCUUAAAUCAUUAUUUUAAACAAAUUAUACACCCAGGUUGACUAUUUUGAAAAAAAUGAAAAAUGACAAUUUUUACACAAGGGAUUUUUCAAUGUUUCCGCAUUCACUAACAUUACUUUAGACAAUGUAAGAUAGACAAACCAUACAUAUUUGGAAAUGGUUUACUAAUAUCUAUCAGAAAAUGUAUAAUUUUACUGGGUUUAUGUCAAUUUUCAAAAUCAGUGGUUAUU